AUGAACGCAGAAGUGAGAUUAGAACGUCUAACAGGGGCGGAUCAAGGUUCCAUAUGCUAUUCAUUUAUUACGAAACUUUUUUUUCAGGAAUAUCUUUGAUUCGAAUGAAUCGCCCAUCUCGCAAAAAUUCACUAGGAAAAGUUUUCAUGGUUCAGGUUUUUUUUAUCUUGAUUUUCAGAACACAUAAGUGCUUUAGUUUCGCCAAAUCUUGGAUGAUAUAAAGUUUGACAAAGAAACAAAAGUGGUGAUUCUCAAAAGCGACAUUCCCGGAACUUUUUGUACAGGUAAUCUCUUGAAAAAAGUUUAAAUUUAAAAAAUUUAAUUUAAUAGGCGCGGAUUUGAAGGAGCGAAAAGAAAUGUCGACCGAUGAAGUUCCGAAAUUUGUGGACAGUCUCCGUUCUUCAUUCACAGAUGUACUUUUGCUCUUCUUAUUCUAAAUUUGAAUCGAAGUAACUAUUUCAUUCAUAAAUUACAGAUGGAAAGACUCCCACAACCAGUGAUAGCAGCCAUUGACGGCUUCGCUUUGGGUGGAGGACUCGAAAUGGCUCUUUGUUGUGAUAUUCGCGUUGCUUGUGAGAUUUUUUGUUUGAAAAUAUUCAAGCGACUUUUGCCAGUCAGUUGAAUGAAAAACGGUUUCAUCUAAAAUUCUUUUUUAGCAAAGAAGUCAACAUUGGGUUUGGUGGAGACGAAAUGGGCUCUGCUUCCUGGCGCCGGCGGCUCUCAGCGUCUGGCACGACUCAUCGGUCCCGCCAAGGCCAAAGAACUGAUUUUCACGGCGCGAAUGUUCGACGGCGACGCUGCCGAACGACUCGGAGUCGUCAACCAUGUCGCCGAAGACGCCUUCGAGAAAUCUCUGCAAAUCGCCAGGGAAAUCAUCCCGAGGGUAGUUAUCAGUGUUCCAAACUGUAGUUCAUCCAACUUCUCAGGGACCGAUCGCCGUCCGCAUGGCUAAAGUUGCAAUUAACCUAGGAAUUCAAACCGACAUUACGAGUGGAUUGUCCGUCGAGCAGCAAUGCUACGCUCAGGUUCCAUCGGUUUCUCUGAUUUUUCAAAAAUUUUCUUGGCAGAUUGUCCCAACGAAAGACCGGCUCGAAGGUCUGAAAGCGUUUGCAGAGAAGCGUCAGCCCGUCUACAAAGGAGAAUAA